AUGGCUUUGGGAAAGAAAUGCAAGAGUUGCUUGAAAUCGAAGCCCGGGGGUUUGGUGGCAGAGGAGGGGCUGGAGUUAGGGUUUGUCAAGUACACGCGAGCUUUGGGGAGGAAGAGGAUUGGGAUUUCUAACAAUGGCGAGCCUUCGCCUACUGAUUCGUAUCCCAGCACUCCAUUGAAGAAGCAGCGAAGUGGGAAAUUGGUUUCGGAUUCUGAAACCUCUGCCCUAGAAGCUCUGCCUCAGGAGAUUCUGAUUAAGAUUGUGUGUGGCGUUCAUCAUGAGGAUUUGAAACAGCUUUUCCACGUAUCAAAACCAAUUAGAGAAGCGACUCUGAUUGCUAAGCAGUGGCAUUUUGCCUAUAGCACACCUUCAAAGACCCCUGCUUUCCGGACCGCCAUUGAUUUCUCAAGCGACGAUAUGGAUGAGAUUGAAGCUCCGAAUGCUCCGAAACAGUGGAGGGAGCAGCAUAGGCAGUUGCCGAGCCGCAAGAAGCUUGCUGAGAUAUCGGUGAACUUGUUUGCUUCAUGGGACGAGGAGUAG